ACGUUCAUAAACGUAAAGUUAUCCCAAUAUGACAGAUUUUUUUGUAAUAUUUUUUUAUUAAAUUGAGCUAUUUCCGUGAAUGAUCACUCAAAAAAGAAGCCUUUUAUGAUUAUUGUGGUUACGAAUAAUUUAGAAAAAUAAAAUAGACAAAACGAUAAAUGACAUUGCAAGAUUACCUACUUUUUUUAUUUGACACGUAUCUUUCAACUCCGGGAAAGCAAAACAUUUUCUUUUAUUACAAAUAAAAACAUAAAACUCAUCACUCAUCAGUGAUUAACACAUCAAGACAGAAAUAAAAAUUUACCUUGUAUGGGAUAUUAAUCUAUUUCAAGUACAAUCCUACGUUUUUGGAGGAACCCCAUAAGAAUGCCAUGGAGGUCACCAUCAAGGAAAUUUGUGACAACAUCAAACUCGCCAGGGAAAUGUCUAUGUUGGGCAACUAUGAGAGUGCACAAGUUUAUUAUGAAGGCACCAUACAAAUGCUCAAUCGAUUUAUAUUCACUUUAAAUGAACCUUUAAGAAAAAAUAAAUGGCAACAAGUUCAAAGAAAAAUUGUAGAUGAAUACGACCACGUAAAAGAAAUAAGUAAUACACUCCUCACUUUCACUUUAGACACAAAUAUAGAUCUUCCUUUUGGAAGAAAAGUAACAAGAGAUGAACCUGUUAAAGACAUAUCAGAAUACAACAGCAUAGUUGAUACAGACCCAGAUGUUUGGCCAGCACCAAUUCCAGCCGAACACGGAUUUUCCAAUCGAAAUGGUCCAACAAAGGCGAAAUCUCAAAAUUCCUCGCGUCGUUCAGAUUCGAAGACAAAAACUAUUUCCAGAGUUGCAUCAUCGAAUCAGACUCGAAAAUUAGAACCAAUUAGGCGCAAUAACAGGAAGGAUGUUGAAAGGCCUUCUUCUUCAAAAGGUGAAAAAGUUGAUUUGGGAAAGUUUGAAAAAGAAAUUCGCGAAGUUGAAGCGGUGGAUAAACCAGAACAAGAAGAAGAGAAAAAAUUCGAAUGUCAUGGUAUGGAACGCGAUUUAGUCGAUGUUUUGGAACGUGAUAUUGUUCAAAAAAAUCCGAAUAUUAAAUGGGAUGACAUUGCUGAUUUAGCUGAAGCUAAACGACUUCUUGAAGAAGCUGUCGUACUUCCAAUGUGGAUGCCUGAUUAUUUUAAAGGUAUAAGAAGACCAUGGAAAGGUGUUUUAAUGGUUGGUCCACCUGGUACUGGAAAAACAAUGUUAGCAAAAGCUGUAGCUACAGAAUGUGGUACAACAUUUUUUAAUGUAUCCUCAUCAACUUUAACAUCAAAAUAUCGUGGUGAAUCAGAAAAAAUGGUUCGACUUCUAUUCGAAAUGGCAAGAUUUUACGCACCCAGUACAAUAUUUAUCGACGAAAUCGAUUCUUUGUGUUCGCGAAGAGGUUCAGAAUCUGAACAUGAAGCUUCUCGUCGAGUUAAAUCCGAACUAUUAGUACAAAUGGAUGGCAUAACUGCAAAUAAUGAUGAACCAGGAAAAGUUGUUAUGGUUUUAGCUGCAACAAAUUUUCCAUGGGAUAUCGACGAGGCUUUAAGACGUCGUUUAGAAAAAAGAAUUUACAUCCCCCUCCCCACACAAGAAGGUCGCGAAGCAUUACUUAAAAUUAAUUUAAGAGAAGUCAAAUUAGAUCCCGACGUUAACAUCCCGGCGAUAGCACGACAUUUAGAUGGAUACUCCGGUGCUGAUAUUACAAACGUUUGUCGUGACGCUUCCAUGAUGUCUAUGCGUCGAAAAAUUUAUGGGUUACGCCCCGAUCAAAUUCGUCAACUUCCAAAAGAAGAGUUAGAUUUGCCUGUUACUAGACGAGAUUUUGAGGAGGCUAUUGUUAAAAAUAAUAAAAGCGUUUCCAGAGAAGAUUUAGAUAAAUAUGAUAAGUGGAUGAAUGAAUUUGGAUCAUCAUGAUAAAACCUUCAUUUUCUUUUUUGCAUACUUAAUUUUUUAAUUAGAAUAACAUCUUUAUUAAUUUUUUUAAUUCAAUAUAA